CUCCAGCUCCUUCCCAUGUGCUGGUGGCAUCCAUGUUUGCCUAAGGCACUUAGUUACUUCUUCAUCCAUAGGACUAUAGGACCCUGGAUCUCUCCAGGGAAAUGUCCUACGCCAUGAACACCAACAAACCGGAAGAGAAUAGUUCUGAAGGAGAUGCAGGGAAACUCGAGUGGAAACACAAGGUCAAAGAUGAGUUCAAAGACAUUUCCAUAUACUUCUCCAAAGAAGAAUGGGCAGAGAUGGGAGAGUGGGAGAAAAUUCGCUAUAGAAAUGUGAAAAGAAACUAUAAAAUGCUGAUUUCUAUAGGUCUCAGAGCCCCUAGACCAGCUUUCAUGUGUUACCAAAGGCAAGCAAUCAAGCCCCAGAUAAAUGACAGUGAAGAUUCUGAUGAAGAAUGGACACCUAAGCAGCAAGUCAGUCCUCCUUGGGUGCCUUUCCGGGUGAAGCACAGUAAACAACAGAAGGAAUCACCUAGAGUGCCAUUAAGCGGUGAAUCUAAUGUGAAGGAAGGGUCUGAAAUAGAAAACUUGCUGAAUACAAGUGGCUCAGAACAUGCCCAGAAACCAGUGUCUUCCCCUGAAGAAGGAAAUACCUCCGGACAGCACUCUGGAAAAAAAUUGAAACUCAGGAAAAAGAAUGUUGAAGUGAAGAUGUAUAGGCUGCGAGAGCGAAAGGGACUUGCAUAUGAAGAGGUCAGCGAGCCCCAGGAUGAUGACUACCUCUAUUGUGAGAAGUGCCAGAAUUUCUUCAUCGACAGUUGUCCCAACCAUGGGCCUCCUUUAUUUGUAAAAGAUAGCGUGGUGGACAGGGGGCAUCCCAACCACUCAGUCCUCAGUCUGCCCCCUGGGCUGAGAAUUGGUCCAUCAGGCAUCCCUGAAGCUGGACUUGGAGUAUGGAAUGAAACAUCUGAUCUACCAGUGGGUCUGCACUUUGGCCCCUAUGAAGGCCAGAUCACAGAGGAUGAAGAGUCAGCUAACAGUGGAUACUCCUGGCUGAUUACCAAGGGAAGAAACUGCUAUGAGUAUGUGGAUGGACAGGAUGAGUCCCAGGCCAACUGGAUGAGGUAUGUGAAUUGUGCCCGGGAUGAUGAAGAGCAGAACCUGGUAGCCUUUCAAUAUCACAGGAAAAUCUUCUAUCGAACCUGCCGUGUUAUCAGACCAGGUUGUGAGCUUCUGGUCUGGUAUGGGGAUGAGUACGGCCAGGAGCUGGGUAUUAAGUGGGGAAGCAGAAUGAAGAAAGGAUUCAUAGCAGGAAGAGGUAGGCACUACUAUGAUUCCUUAAAAAAGAAAGAGAAGAGGGAAUUCUCCUUGAGAAUUUUCAUUUUCUAA